UAGAUAGAGAGGAGAAAAGAAAAAAAAAAGGUUGUCUUGUUCAAUCUCAAGUGAUCUCUACUCCUCGACGACGACCUUUACUUUUGAAGCAUCGAUCUUUGUAGCUUUCCAAGAAAAUGUUGGAGAAGAUCGGGUUGCCGGCGAAGCCAUCUCUGAGAGGAAACAGUUGGGUCGUCGAUGCUUCUCAUUGUCAAGGAUGCUCUUCUCAAUUUACCUUCAUCAAUCGCAAGCAUCAUUGCCGGAGAUGUGGGGGCUUGUUCUGUGGUAGCUGCACCCAGCAGCGAAUGUCCCUACGUGGACAAGGGGACACACCUGUCCGUAUAUGUGAUCCUUGUAAGACACUUGAAGAAGCUGCUCGCUUUGAGUUGCGUCAUGGCUACAAAAACAGAGCUGCUGCAAAAGGAGGUGGAUCAUCUAAAAGGACCGUAAAGAAUGAGGAUGAUGUUCUCAGUGAGAUUCUUGGAUCUGAUGCUGAUGUAUCUUCUUCAUCCGAAUCGGUUACAUCUAAAGAUAUGGGAAGCAGCAGUAGUAACAAAGCUAUGGAGUUGGACGCUGCUGCUACUCCUGAAGAGUUGCGUAAACAAGCGGUGGAAGAGAAGAAUAAGUACAGAGUGCUUAAACAACAAGGCAAGUCUGAAGAAGCUCUGAAAGCCUUUAAGAGAGGGAAGGAGCUUGAGAGACAGGCAGACGCCCUUGAGAUAUCCUUGAGGAAGGACCGUAAAAGGGCACUGUCCUUGCGAGAUGUUGCCGAGACGCAGAACAAGGCUGCUACUAAAGAAUCUAGCAGAUCACAAAAGCAGCCUCCACGUAAGGAUGAUUUGGCAGCUGAGCUGAGGGAUCUCGGUUGGUCUGAUGAUGAAGAUAAGAAACCAGCUACUGUGAGUCUGGAGGGAGAGUUUUCGUCUCUUCUCCGUGAGAUCCCUGGAAGGAAGACUAACCAGCAGAAGAGUGGAGGGGGAAUCGACAAGAGUCAGGUUAUUGCCAUCAAGAAGAAGGCGCUUGCGCUUAAACGUGAAGGGAAGCUUGCAGAAGCUAAAGAGGAGCUGAAAAGAGCUAAAGUUUUGGAAAGGGAGAUUGAAGAGCAGGAACUUUUGGGUGGGGCUGAUGAAUCUGAUGAUGAGCUGUCCGCGCUUAUCAACAGCAUGGAUGAUGACAAAGAAGAUGAUCUGUUAGCUCAUUAUGAGGGAAGCCAUGAUUUUGAUGACAUUGGUAACCUUGUGGGAAGUGUAGAUGAUAUUGGAGUUGAUGGUGAAUUUGAUGUCACUGAUCAAGAUAUGGAGGAUCCAGCUAUUGCUGCUGCGUUGAAAUCUUUGGGUUGGACCGAGGAUCCUGGACACCGUGAGAAUGUCCACACUCAAUCUUCUCCUAACAACAGAGAAGAACGUUUAGCUGAAAUUCAGACAUUGAAAAGAGAAGCUCUUACUCUAAAACGAGCUGGAAACGCUGCCGAGGCCUUGGCUACACUGAAGAAGGCAAAAUUGCUUGAGAGAGAACUAGAGUCUGCUGAUACAUCCCCACAAACUAGGGCAGAGAAGGACACGAGCAUGAAACAUCCUCCAAGAAGCAGGCUAGCAAUCCAGAGAGAGCUUCUUGCAGUGAAAAAGAAAGCGCUUACUUUGAAAAGGGAAGGGAAGGUCAACGAAGCUGAAGAGGAACUGAAGAAAGGAGAGGUUCUCCAAGAGCAGCUAGAAGAGCUGGACAAUACGUCAAAGUUAGCUGCAGCAGCAGGAAAGGCUAUUCGUGAAAGAAGAGAUCUUGGAAACGAUAUGCCUGAUAUCUCUGUAAGUUCUCUGGAUGAUGAUGGAGAGGUAGAUGUCAAAGAUGAGGAGUUAAAUGAUCCGGGUUACCUCUCGAUGCUUAAGAGCUUAGGCUGGAACGAUGAAGAUAAUAAUCAUGCGGGUGAUUCAUCAGGAAGAGUUGAAGCAGUUAGUAGCAAACCAAGAAGAAGCAAAGGUGAAAUACAAAGAGAACUCUUAGGGCUGAAAAGAAAGGCUUUAACUUUGAGGCGUCAUGGUAAUGUUGAUGAAGCAGAGGAAGUUCAGAAACAGACUAAAAUACUGGAAGCCCAGUUGGUAGAGAUUGAGUCAGGCAAUAAUCUUACUACUGACGGUAACCAGCUAAAGAAAACAACCACUGAUAGUGGGAUGAAUGUAGAAGAAGAUGAUAGCGUUACAGAAAAUGAUAUGAAGGAUCCAGCACUAUUGUCUACUCUCAAGAAUUUGGGAUGGGAGGAUGAAGAACCAAAGAGACAAGAAGCUGCCUCUAGCUCUUUGCAAUCUACUGGUCCACGGGUAGCAGCUAAAAGCAAGGGACAAAUCCAGAGAGAACUGCUGGACUUGAAAAGGAAAGCACUUGCCUUGAAGCGUCAAGGGAAAAACGGAGAGGCUGAUGGAGUAUACAGUAAGGCCAAAGUUUUGGAAGCACAACUAGCUGAAAUGGAGACCCCCAAGGAUGAGCCAAUGGGUGAUGCUUUUGAGAAGAAAGUCUCAGCACCUACCAUCAAUCCUACAAACUACAUGGACGUUGAUUUGUUAGGAGACUUUAUCUCCCCUGCUAAAUCUGAUGGGAUGAGUGAAAGUAGAGUUGUAUCUCAAUCGGGCCAGCAGCAACCAAGUAUGAUGGAUUUGCUGACUGGUGAGAAGUCUCAAACACCUGGUAGUUUUGAAUCAGUUUCUGUUCAAAAUACAUCUCCUCAGAACACGCUUAAACAAGAUAUACUGGCUCAUAAGAGAAAGGCACUUGCUCUGAAGAAAGAAGGAAAGAUAAGCGAAGCUAAAGAGGCAUUGCAACAAGCCAAAUUGUUGGAGAGGAGACUAGAGGAAGGAGAAAACCCUUCUCCUGAAAAACUCGGACGAGAGGCUUUGGUUUCUGCAACGCAACCUCCUGUUGUACGAGAGAAAGAGAAUAGCCCGAAGCCAAUGUCUAGUCGUGACCGUUUUAAACUGCAGCAAGAGUCGCUAAGCCACAAACGUCAAGCCAUGAAGCUUCGUAGGGAAGGUAAAAUGGAAGAAGCUGAAGCUGAGUUUGAAAUUGCCAAAACACUUGAAGCUCAGCUAGAGGAUUCAACAUCCUCGAAAGCAGAACCGGUGGAGGAUGUAGCAGUGGAAGAUUUUCUCGACCCUCAACUCUUGUCCGCCCUCAAAGCUAUCGGACUAGACAGUUCUGUGAAUACGUCGGCGAGUAAGCCAGACACAGCACAAGCUGCUGUAAAACCAGUGAAACCGAGUCCAGCCAAGGAGAGUGAUGGUAACCAGGAGAGAAGUCAAUUGGAAGAACGCAUCAAAGCAGAGAAGAUAAAAGCUGUGACCCUGAAACGUUCAGGGAAGCAAGCUGAGGCAUUAGAUGCACUUCGAAGAGCAAAACUCUAUGAAAAGAAGCUAAAUGCUCUUGCGUGAAUUUGAUCAACUCUCCAUUUUAGUUGGAUUUUGUAACAUAACCUCAAUGUUGUUUUGAGAGUUUUAUCAGAGUCAGACUUUUUUAGUAAACAUAACUUUUUUUAUGGAACUACAAAGAAGACUCUUACACUUGUAAGAGAUCAUUUUUUUUUGUUAAGAUGAAUUUUAACAGAUAUUAUUAGAUUUA